AUGGACCACGCCGUUAACUUUCGAGCCUCCACCACAUCCACGGCGGCGGAGAAUCGUGACCUUCUUCCGCUUCCUUCCAAAACUAGAGAGGAAGGCGAACUCUCUUCCGACAACGACGACGAUGCCGACGAUAACCAUGAAAGCUCUACUGUGCCAUCCACCCCUGCUGUUGGGACUGGUUCUGUUCCGUUGGUGCAAAAGAGUACCCUUGGUGUUCAGGGUGGUUCCAGUAAUGUACAGUUGCAAACUACCAGACAACCAACUACUCAGAAGGACUUGAAAAAGAACCUAUUACCUCCUAAAUCUUCUUCAUGGAUUGGUCAUGUCGGCACUGAUAAAAAUCUUGUAAUAAGCUUCUCUGAUGAUGACAGUGGUAGUGAACAUGAAACUAAAGGUAAUCUAUCUAGGUUAGAUAGCAGUGUAAAGAUGACUAACUCAUCCUUGGAAAAAUCUAACAAGUUAAAGCAAGCAAGUUUACCCAAGGAAGUGCCCAAGAGAUCAUCCUUAAGUCGCACAUUUGUCUCAUCAAUGACCAGAGUCCCUGGUUCUAAUUCUAAGGGUGUUGUAUCCAUGCCACCAGUACAGGGAUCAAGAGCUAGAAAUUUCAAUACAAUGAAAAAAACUUUGACAAUCCAAGAGCGUGGACGGGAUCAAGGAUUGGUGUCAAAUGACAAUAAACUUCAGGAUUUGCGGCAUCAGAUUGCACUUCGGGAAAGUGAACUCAAGCUAAAGGCAGCCCAGCAAAAUAAGGAGAGUGUUUCAGUUUUGGGUAGGGACAACAGUGUCAUGAACCCAAUGAACUUGGUGUCAAUUGCUAGGAAAAAUACUCCAGUUUCCUCGGGACCUGCACAUUUAGAGCCAACAGAGCCAGAUAGGAAGCGCUUGAAAAUUAGCACAUCUAAUGGUAUCUGUCAAGCUGUUGAUAGUCAGCAAGAAGUUCCUGCUGUUAAAUCAUCUUUGCCACCGAAAGACUCUACAUUAGAAAACUAUUAUCCUCAGGAGAGAAACAAGGUUGAUUGUGGCCAAAAAGAGAUUCCAUUAUGUAGAACAGAGCCAAAAACUGUCAUAUCACAAAGGCAACCUGACAAUCAUCUUGACAACCCAUUAGAAAAUAUGCCUCGUAGAUCAAGAGAUGGUGAUGUCAAUUAUGAUUGCAAUCAACCUGAGAAGAGUUGUAGGCUGGUGAAUCCUGGUGUUGCUUUGAACCAAAAUGCAGCGCUGGCAAAUAUGAGUUCCAAUACUGUGUCUAAAAAUUUUAAUAGUGUAGGGUUUCUUUAUCCAUCAAGUUCCUCCCUGACUAAAUUUCUGGAAGCAUUAAACAAUGCAGUUCUUUUGAAUCAUAAUGACACUGUAAAUGCCUCAGAGCAUACCAAUGCAGAUUUACAAUCAUAUUUUGGUAUGGAAGAAUUAAUAGACAAGGAACUAGAGGAAGCUCAAGAGCAUCGGCACAAAUGUGAAGUUGAAGAACGAAAUGCUCUUAAAGUUUAUCUUAAAGCUCAGCGGUCUUUGCUUGAGGCCAAUGCCCGAUGCACCAAACUUUAUCAUAAAAGGGAAUUGUAUUCAGCUAAGUUACGAUCUUUAAUUUUGAACAGUUCUGGGUUCUCUUGGCCUUCAGGGCAGCACCAACAUCCCGGUAUAGAGUUGGAUUACUUACCUAGACUUGGAUAUGAGCUUCCCACAUCAAGCUGUCAGAGGCAGGCUGAGUAUAAUGAUAUUAAUAAUCCCAGUUUUAAUUCUAAUAAUCGAGGGAUCAAUAAUAGGCAUUCCAAUACAUCCAAUCACCAAGUGGCUGGAGCAAAUUUAGGGUCUGAACCUUGUGGUGAACCAGAUGCCAGUACAUCAGAGCCAUUGCCACAAAGGGAUACUUAUGCUGCAGAUGAAGUUUACUCUCCUUCGGAUGAAUUAGGUACAUCAGCUAAUGAAAAUGAAGAGAGCUCUCCAUCUGGACAUGUUUCUAAUCAUCAUGAUGCUGACUAUCUUAGAAAACAAGACUCUGUUUCUAAAUUAGUGGACAGAGAUAUAAUAUCUAAUGCAAAUUUUUCAAAUCAUAACCCCCAGGACACUUUGCUGCUUGAGGAAAAAUUAAGAUCUGAAUUAUUUGCACGAUUCAUGACAAGAUCUAAGAAGAGAAGUAAUUCGUGUAAUGAUGUAGAGCCUGCUGCUGAACGUGGGGCUGAAAAUGAGGUUGGAAAUGAGAAAACCCAGGUGCAUCAAAAUAUGGCUCUUCCACACUCUAGGCAGGAAGGCAUUGAGAGUCAUGAAAGGAGCAUUUUUGUGGAUGUGAGCGAGAAUCAAAGUCAGCAAAACACUGGUGGAAAUUCUUUGAUUGUGAACCACAGCAUUGGUUCAAGAGUUCAAGGAGAUAUGCCUUGUGAAGGUCGCCUGUCUACAAAUACAGUGGACAUCCCACCUUUGAUUUUUAGGAGUGCAUUCAGUGAGCUGAGAAGCAUAUUUUCAUUCAAUUCAAAUCACUUACAGAGUAAAAAUAUGUUUAUUCAUGCUAAUGAUGGCCGAAAUGAAAAGGCUACUUACCUCAGUUCUGAUGGAAGAAAGUGUAGCAAUGUGUUUGCAAUAUCAAUGCCUGUCACUAUUGGAAAUUUACUCUCAGAUGACAGCUCUUAUGGCUACAGUUCUGCAGUUGAUCCAUUUUGGCCACUUUGCAUGUAUGAGCUGCGAGGAAAAUGCAACAACGACGAGUGUCCCUGGCAACAUGCUAAGGACUAUGGUGAUGAAAACAUUCAGCACACUGAUUCUAAUAAUGCAGGUUGUCAAGGCAGAUUACGAUUGCAUCAACAGAACUGUAAUGGUGUUGCAAAAGUUCCCAAGUAUCACAAAGCUACGAUUCUACCAACUUACCUUGUUAGUUUAGAUACUCUGAAAGCAGAUCAAUUUGCAUAUAAACCUUUUGUGGCACAUAGAUAUGCUCAAUGGUCGCAAAAACAUUUCACCCUUACUUUAGCUACUUCAAAUCUGCUUGGAAAUGUUUUACCUGCCGGCGGUCCAUUGUUACAUGGUGGCACUGAACGCAUAGAGGUCCAUGGGGCAUGCAAUAAACAAUUGUCUUCUUUUCAUUGGAGAAGUGGAGCUGGGCAGGCUAUGGCUGAUAGCGAACAAGCCGUAGAGAUGGCUCUUCUUAUUCUCAACCAUGAAAUUGAUAAAGUGCAAGGUGUAAGGAAGGCCCUAUCUGUACUGUCAAAAGCACUGGAAAAUGAUCCUUCAUCUGUGAUUCUCUGGAUUGUCUAUCUACUCAUUUACUAUGGAAAUUUGAAGCCAAAUGAUAAGGAUGACAUGUUCUUGUGUGCGGUUAAGCUCUGUGAAGAAUCUUAUGUACUGUGGCUCAUGUACAUCAAUAGUCAGAGAAAGCUUGAUGACCGAUUGGUUGCCUAUGAUACUGCCCUUUCAGUUCUCUGUCAGCAUGUAUCUGAAACUUCCAAGGACAUAAUACACGAAAGUGCAUGCAUAUUAGACCUGUUUCUGCAGAUGAUGCAUUGCUUAUACAUUUCAGGGAAUGUUGAGAAGGCCAUUGAAAGAAGUUAUGGAAUAUUCCCUACUUCAACAAAAUCCAAUAAGCCUCAUCAUCUGUCACUCUCAGAUAUACUCAAUUGCUUAACAGUUUCUGACAAAUGUGUAUUCUGGGUUUGUUGUAUUUACUUAGUUAUUUACAGGAGAUUGCCUGAUGCUGUAGUUCAGAAGUUUGAGUCUGAGAAAAAUCUCCUUGAUAUUGAAUGGCCCUUUGUCAAUUUAUCUGAAGAUGACAAGGAGAUGGCAAUUAAACUUGUGGAAACAGCUGUUGAAUCUAUUGAUUCUUUUGUCUAUAAUGAAUCUGGAAAAAGUGAAGUUAAUCUCAGGUCUGCUCAACUUUUUGCUCUCAAUCAUCUGAGAUGCAUGGCUGCUCUUGAUAGCAGAGAUUGUUUAAGAGAGUUACUGGAUAAAUACAUUAAGCUGUAUCCUUCCUGCUUAGAAUUGGUCCUGGUAUCAGCUCGAAUACAAAAACAGGAUAGUAAUGUUGAUAGUUUCAUGGGAUUUGAGGAAGCCAUUAACAGAUGGCCAAAAGAAGUUCCUGGUCUCCAGUGCAUCUGGAAUCAGUAUAUUGAAAAUGCCCUCCACAAUCAAAGAAUUGAUCUUGCAAAAGAAAUUACAGUCCGAUGGUUCCAAUCUAUUUGGCGAGUACAAGAUCUCCCUAAUGGAGGGAUGAAGAUCACCAAUGAUGGUAAUUCUUGUGGAUCAUUGGGAAUAGAUUCAGAAUUUGUUUCAGACAGAUCCAUUGCUUAUCAUAAACAGAUAGAUACAAUGUUUGAAUUCCUUAAUCUGUCUCUCUAUAAUUUUUUCCAGAAUGAUAUGACAGCAGCAUGCAUAGCUUUUGAAAAGGCCAAAAGUGCUACUAGUUUUGGAGGUUUAGAGCAAUGCAUGAGAAAAUAUGUGAUGUUUCUGGUUUAUGAUGCGUCGAGCUUGAAGGAGGAUGGUCCUGAUGGCACCAUUAAGAAGAUAUUGGAGUUAUAUACAGAUGGUUCCUUUCAGGCAUUGCUAGUCCCCAAGGUGUUGACAAGAAAAUUUGUUGACAGCAUCAAGAAGCCAAGACUACAGCAUCUUAUUGGUAACAUAGUAAGUCCAGUUCCAUUCGACUGUUCUCUACUAAAUUUGAUACUUCAAUCAUGGUUUGGUUCAUCUCUUUUACCCCAAACUAUUAGUGAUCCUAAACAUUUGGUGGAUUUUGUUGAAGCUAUUAUGGAGGCCGUUCCCCACAACUUCCAAUUAGCUAUUACUGUGUGCAAGCUAUUGAUCAAGCAAUACAAUUCUUCUGACUCAAACCCAACCAGUCUAUUGUUUUGGGCUUGUUCAACCCUGGUAAAUGCAAUUUUAGAUUCCAUUCCAAUUCCACCAGAAUACGUCUGGGUGGAAGCUGCAGAGCUUUUGCACAGUGCUAUGGGCAUUGAGGCAAUAUUUGACAGGUUUUAUAGAAGGGCUCUAUCAGUGUAUCCAUUUUCUAUCAUGUUGUGGAAAUACUUCUAUAAGCUAUAUAUGAUCAGUGGAGAUGCAAAAGAUGCUGUUGAUGCAGCAAAAGAAAGGGGUAUUGAACUCGAUUAA